GCGACGGAGCAAUAUGGGCAGCGACACGGCGUCGGGGCGGCUCACGGAGCGGAUGAGGAAGAGCACACGGCGCAUACACGGAAAGACCGACCGCCUGGCCAGCAUGAACUUUGCUCUCGUCCUUACAGACAGAGCCCUCUACGCGAAGUUGCUGGGCAGCUUCUACAUGGUGUACAGGGAGCUGGAGGCUGCCAUGGAUCGAUGCAGAGAUAAUGAACACGUCGGUCAUGUUUUCCCUCUGUUGGACAAGAUGAGACGGACCAAAGCGUUUGAGGCCGAUCUUCUUUUCUUCUUGGGAAAGGACUGGGCAAAGACUCUAAUUGUGAAUGAAGCGGUAGAGAAGUACCUAGCCAGGAUCGCUGAGCUCGAGAAGAAGGACCCAGCCUUGCUGCUGGCAUAUUCGUAUCACCUUUACAUGGCAUUUCUGUUCGGAGGGAAAGUGAUCAAGAAAACUGUUUCUACCAUGCUAAGCCUCAGGGGCGAGGAGGGGUUAGCGGUGUUUGCUAUGGGGGGAGCAAAGCCUUCAGAAUACAAAGACAGCUAUGACGAACUGGUUCUGUCCGAAGACCAGACGGAAGAACUCCUCAAGGAGUCUGUGGAAGUUUUUGCCAUGAACAACAACAUCGUGAUGAGCUUUGCGCGGACCGUCACAUGGAGGAAUUGGCUAGCAUCGCUCAGGAAUCCUUGGGUCCAGGCAGUGGUCGUUGCUGCUAUCGGCGCAUCUGUAGCUCUGUAUCUGAGCUUGACGAGGGGAGUGAAGAAGUAGAAUCGGGACUUGAGAUUCAUGCAGAGCAUGUUUCUGUGAG